GUUCCAGGGUCAAUAAAAUUGACACACUUUUACUUUACAAAAACAGAGAUAAAAUGCGGCGUAAUGUGUCCCCCAAAAAAGACCAAAGUUCUUUAAUCCUAUACCUAAGCAGUAGCCUACCUUUAGGUAGGCACAUGUUUUUUAAAACAAGGAAGUGAAAAUAAACGUCACAUAAGAUUAGAUUUAAGUACAAAGAAUGUCCGAUUUCAAGAAUCUUUCCAGGAAAUAAUUAACCUACAAACUUUCGACUGACAGAGGAAGCCUUCAUAUAAUUUAAUAAGAAUGAAACCUGAUUGUCUUAUUAUUGUGUAUCUCUUUACCUUGAGCAACUUUUCCCUAAUUAUAGCUGAUACCUGUGGAACUGGUUGGUUUGGUAACUACUGCCAGUAUAAAUGCCAUUGUAUAAACAAUCAAUGUGACACAAACGGUAUCAAUGAUUUACCUUGUGAGAAAGGAUGGUUUGGAUACAAGUGUCAGUAUAAAAACAUUUUGACUGGGACUACACUGCUAACUGAUGAAAAUGAUUCAACGUGUAACUCUGACUCGAGUUCUAAUUCUGUUUCUCUGGAUACUCAGGAUAAUUUGUAUACCUUUACGUGGAUGCGGUUAAAUUUUAAAUCCAUUGAACCUGCUAACUUUUAUUUCAAGCUACUUUUCAAAACAUCGCAGUCAGCACUAACUGAAUGUGACAAUAUGACUCUACUGCAAGUCGACAACAAGACAUUGGAUGUAUGGUGUAAUUUAAAUGAGACAAUAAAUCAAAUCAAUAUCACUGGAGCCAGCGUUAAAUCUUUGUGCUCUGUUUACGUCAGUGGUGGUAGAAACAUUGCACUCAAGCAGCCAACCAACCAAUCGUCACUAUACGGCAAUGCAAAUUCUUCUCUAGCUGUUGACGGAAAUACAGAUAGUUUAUUCGCUAAUAAAAGCUGCACGCAUACCAGUGAAACUGAUAAAAAACCAACAUGGACAGUACGUUUAAACAACACAUUUCUUGUCAACAGAUUUGUCUUAUACAAUAGAGUUCCAAAGCAAUUCGACAGUGAUGAAGCAGGUAUAGGAGACAGGCUAAAACAUUUCUUACUUCAAGUCUACAGUGACCAGAACGACCUGGAAGUCAACUACACUGAUCCGUACAACGAUAUUCAAGACAUUUAUUUUAUUAAUAAUUUCACUCGUGUAUCAGUUUCAAGUGUUAGUAUCCUUGCAACAACACCUGGUUCAAAGGAUGGUAUCCAGAAAUACCUUACUCUCUGUGAGGUAGAACUAUAUGGAGACUGUCCGGUUAAUAGAAGUGGUCUAGAAUGCAAGGAGCCAUGUCAAACAUCAUGUACAAAACAUUUCUGUAAUAAUGAAAUCGGAACUUGUAUCUGUCUUGGAUUCAAGAAUCCCCCAGAUUGUAACAUGAAAUGUGAUGUUGGAUACUGGGGUCUCAACUGUGCCAAUAAUUGUACAGCCAAAUGCUGGGACUCAGACUGUAACCCCGAGACAGGAUUGUGUCAGUCAGGAUGUAAUGGAUUUCAAGAUCCGCCAGUGUGCAAACAAAUUUGUGAAAAGGGAACAUGGGGAUUGAACUGCAGUCGAUCAUGUCAUACCAACUGCUACAAUACAAGUUGUAACAGAAUUAGCGGUGUGUGCGACUUUGGGUGUCAAGCUGGAUUCGAGAGCUUAACAUGCGAAAAAGAGUGUGACGAGGGCAAAUGGGGAGAGAAUUGUGUUUCUAAUUGUACUCAGUGCUGGCUCUCUCAGUGUAACAAAACAACUGGUCUGUGUGACGCUGGAUGUCAUGGAUUUAGAAACCCACCAAUCUGUAAUCAAUCAUGUGAAAAGGGCACUUGGGGAUUUAACUGUAGUCAAUCAUGUAAUAUCAACUGCUACAAUACAAGCUGUGAUAGAAUUAGCGGUGUGUGUAACUUAGGUUGUCAAGCUGGAUUCGAAAGCUCCAGAUGCGACAAAGGUUUUUUUUUAUCUGCAAAGUGUGACGAGGGUAAAUGGGGAGAGAAUUGUAUUUCUAAUUGUACUCAGUGCUGGCAGUCUCAGUGUAACAAGACGAGUGGUCUGUGUGAAGCUGGAUGUCAUGGAUUUAGAAACCCUCCGACUUGCAAUGAAUCAUGCCCAAUUCAAACCUGGGGUGUAAACUGCAGUCAGAGUUGUAGCAGUCAUUGUGCAAAUACAAGCUGUGAUAGUACUACAGGAACAUGUGACUUUGGUUGUCUGAUAGGUUUUCAAGGCAUUUUGUGCAAUGUCGGUAAGAUUCUAUUCUUUAUAUUAACACACUUAUUUCUGGACAUUGUGUCUAUGAACAUGUUAAUGUCCAGACAUCGUCAAGAUUUUUGCUGUCUUACAAAUAAAAAUCUUCUUUUUGUUUCCAAAGAAAUUCCAAAGAAUGAAAGCAGUCCAUCGAAUGUUGGUGUUAUUGUUGGUCCGAUAGUGGCUGCAGUUUUACUAAUAGCACUGAUUAUUGUACUCAUUGUUUUCUGCAGAAGACGUCAGAGAACACAUAAAAACACACGACAGUCUGAGUUAAACCCAGCUCUGUCUCUACACGAUAAACCUGCUGAUCUGGAUAUGACCGCUAAAAGGAUUUCUUUAGCACCCCUACACAAUGACAAUGACAAAUCAGUCAUUAUUGAAAAUGAGACAAGCACUGACAACGAAUAUGUCAAUACAGUCAACACUAACACAUCAAUACCUGUAGCAGAGUUCAACAAUUUCAUGGCUACCCACAAUGCAACAUUUUUUACCCAACAAUUUCAGGCUAUCUCAUCCCCUGACAAUGUCUCAACAGAGUAUGCCAAUAACGUUAGCAACAAACUCAAAAACCGCUACAAAAAUAUUUGCACAUAUGAUCACUCCAGAGUCAAUCUCAAGAUAAACACAGACAAAGAUGAAGGAGACUAUAUCAAUGCUUCAUAUAUUAGGGGUUAUAACGAUCAAGUGGAAUUCAUUGCUUCACAAGGUCCCAACAAAACAAUCCUGAAUGACUUUGUCAGAAUGUUGUGGGAACAGAAUGUGGAGAAAGUUGUUAUGUUGACCAAUUUGACAGAAGAAGGAAAGAUGAAGUGUGAACAGUACUGGCCAGCAGAAGGUAAAACUUCUUUCGGUGACAUCAAAAUGCGUCUAGUCUCCAGUGAGACAUUGACAGACUACACUAUCAGACACUUGGAGAUGACUAAGAAAAAUGAAGUCACGCAUCAUUUAACUCAAUAUCAUUUCCACACCUGGCCAGAUAAAGGUGUUCCAGAAGCGCCUUGGAGCCUUUUAAAUUUUAUACAUAGAAUAUCAACACAGACAACAGCACAUCACAUUGUUGUACAUUGCAGCGCUGGAGUAGGAAGAACUGGAACAUUUAUAGCUAUUCACAAUUUAUUGAGACAAGCUAAGGAAACAGGACGUUUGGAUUUUUUCAAAAUAGUAUCCAGAUUACGAGAAGACAGAGUGUUUAUGGUACAGACUGCUACCCAGUUCGAGUUCCUGCACAAAGUUGUUCAAGCCGCUUUACUGACCACAGACACAACUAUCCAAGUGGAUGGACUUACAAACACAGAGAAUGGCAUAAAUUCACUAGCUCUCAGGGGAAUAGACUCUGAGUUUAAAACUUUAUGCAGUGUAUGUGAUAUAGUCAACAAGAGUCAAGUGACUACUGAAGAUGGUAACGAAACCACUGACGAUGUUUACCAAAAUACACUGAAGAUUUCACAGCAAGAGAAAAACAGAUUUCCAUCUCUAGUGCCAAGACGUCAGUACAGACCUUAUUUAGAAUGUGACGGCAGUUCAUUGGCAGACUACAUCAACGCUGUAUUUGUACCGGGAUUAAAACAAAAAGAUCAACAUUUCCUGACCCAGCUACCAAUGCCUGGUACAGUAGACGACUUCUGGAGAUUGGUUAUACAGUAUAAAAUUACAAUUAUAGUAGACUUUGAGUUUGAGGAGCAGAAAGAUGAUUCUACUAUUGCCAACUAUGUUCCCAUUUCAUCGAAUGCAAGCUUCAAAACAGAACUGUUUGAGAUAGCAAGUCACAAUCAUAAACAGACUUUGGUGUGGGAUGAACAAAAUUUGACAGUCAGUCAUGUUGAUCAAACAAGAGAACUGAAACAUGAAGUGUUUCAUAUAAGAACUGGAUUCAAAGAUUUAAACACAAUGAAAUGGGUUCAGCUGAUCAAACAUUUACAGUUGUUGAAUGUUUCUGGGAAAAAAGUGGCCUUCCUUUGCAGAAACGGGGCCAAGUGGAGUGGACUGGCCUGCACUUUGUGUCUUAUGCUGGAAAGAAUGGACAAUGAAUCCUAUGUGAAUAUUCCUCUUAUUGUUGGGGCUCUAAAGUUUAUAAGGCCUGAAGUUAUACUAACAGUGGCUGACUACAGAGUUCUCUAUGAAGUGCUAGAGAGAUACACUGAAACAUCAAGCCAAUACACUAACGUAGGAAACAAGUUUCUAAAAGAAAUGUUAUGAUUCAAAUCUAUGAUGUACAUAGGCAUUGAUUUAUUUUUUUUUUUUUUUUUUUUGUUUUUAACAUUGAGUUCUUUAUUUAAUUUAUUAGAUAUUUUCAUCUAUGAUUUCUAACAACAUGCUACUACUAAC